ACAUCUAUAUAUAUAACACCCAAACCACAUCUCUUCUCUCUCACCCCCAAUCACUCUCCUCUCAACUUCACUCUCAUCAGUUCACUCUCUCCCUGUGUUUCAUUUUUUAUUUUUUAUCUACCAUGGAAGCAUUCAACAGGUGCUCCUCUGUCACGUCUUCUUCUUCUGAUUCGUCUUCGUCUGAUCAUUCUAUGUCUAACAGAGCUGAGAAAAUUAAGGGUCCUUGGAGCUCUGAAGAGGACAAGAUCUUGACCCGCCUAGUUGACCGCUACGGGGCCCGAAAUUGGUCCCUCAUUAGCAAAUAUAUUAAGGGUCGGUCCGGCAAGUCGUGCCGUCUCAGGUGGUGCAACCAGCUGAGCCCGAACGUUGAGCACCGUCCUUUCUCUCAAGCCGAGGACGAGACAAUCCUGGCCGCUCAUUCCCAGUACGGUAACAGAUGGGCCACCAUUGCCCGGUUACUUCCGGGUCGGACCGACAAUGCGGUCAAGAACCAUUGGAACUCCACGCUGAAGAGAAGGCAACAACAACCGAUGGAGAGAAUGGACGGUGGUGAUCUUGUUGUUGGUGGUGGUGGCAGUUCAUCGGGAUCUGGGUCGUUCGUGAAUAUGAAUACUGACGAGUCCGACCCGAUGACGACUCUGUCGCUUGCGCCGCCGGGGGUGGGCGGUUGUGGGAUGCCGGAGAGGCGGCGGGGGGAGGAGGUGCCGGCGGAGUUUUGGGAUGUGAUGAGGGAGGUUAUAGCGAGGGAGGUGAGAGAUUAUGUGACGACGUCGUUUCCGGAAGCUUCUGGGUUUCGUUAACAUGAUACAUCAUGAUGAUGAUGAUAUGUGUUGGCUGUGUGUGUAUUAAUUAAUUAAUUAAUUUAGUUUUAAUGAUCGUUGUCGAUUUUGAUUAAUUUGUAUUAAUUGUGAGUUUGAAAAUAUAAAAUUGUCGUAUUAGGCCCUCUGAACUUGGAGGCCUUUCAAACUGUUGAA